CUCGACGGCCGCCAUUUUCUUUCUUUCUUAGCAGUUAGCUGAAAGGAGGUCUCUGAAGAAGGAGCAGCGGCUUCGGUAGUGUAGCCAUGGCAGACUAUUCAACAGUGCCUCCACCCUCCUCUGGCUCAUCUGGUGGUGGUGGCGGCGGCGGUGGUGGUGGAGGAGUUAAUGAUGCUUUCAAAGAUGCCCUGCAGAGAGCCCGGCAGAUUGCAGCAAAAAUUGGGGGUGAUGCUGGUACAUCACUGAAUUCAAAUGACUAUGGUUAUGGAGGACAAAAAAGACCACUAGAAGAUGGAGAUCAACCAGAUGCUAAGAAAGUUGCUCCUCAAAAUGAUUCCUUUGGAACACAGUUACCACCGAUGCAUCAGCAGCAAAGGUCUGUAAUGACAGAAGAAUACAAAGUUCCAGAUGGAAUGGUUGGAUUUAUAAUUGGCAGAGGAGGUGAACAGAUCUCACGCAUACAACAGGAAUCUGGAUGCAAAAUACAGAUAGCUCCUGACAGUGGUGGCCUUCCUGAAAGGUCUUGUAUGUUAACUGGAACACCUGAAUCUGUCCAAUCAGCAAAACGGUUACUGGACCAGAUUGUUGAAAAAGGAAGACCAGCCCCUGGCUUCCAUCAUGGUGAUGGACCAGGAAAUGCAGUUCAAGAAAUCAUGAUUCCAGCUAGCAAGGCAGGAUUAGUUAUUGGAAAGGGGGGAGAGACUAUUAAACAACUUCAGGAGCGGGCUGGAGUUAAAAUGGUUAUGAUUCAAGAUGGGCCUCAGAACACUGGUGCUGACAAACCUCUUAGGAUUACAGGAGACCCUUACAAAGUUCAACAAGCCAAGGAAAUGGUGUUAGAGUUAAUUCGUGAUCAAGGUGGUUUCAGAGAAGUUCGAAAUGAGUAUGGGUCAAGGAUAGGAGGAAACGAAGGGAUAGAUGUCCCCAUUCCAAGAUUUGCUGUUGGCAUUGUAAUAGGAAGAAAUGGAGAAAUGAUCAAAAAAAUACAAAAUGAUGCUGGCGUUCGAAUUCAGUUUAAGCCAGAUGAUGGAACGACACCUGAUAGAAUUGCACAAAUAACAGGACCUCCAGACCGAUGUCAGCAUGCUGCAGAAAUUAUUACAGACCUUCUUCGAAGUGUUCAGGCUGGUAAUCCUGGUGGCCCUGGACCUGGUGGUCGAGGAAGAGGUAGAGGUCAAGGCAGCUGGAACAUGGGACCACCUGGUGGACUACAGGAAUUUAAUUUCAUUGUGCCAACUGGGAAAACUGGAUUAAUAAUAGGAAAAGGAGGUGAAACCAUUAAAAGUAUAAGUCAGCAGUCUGGUGCAAGAAUAGAACUUCAGAGAAAUCCUCCACCUAAUGCAGAUCCUAAUAUGAAGUUAUUUACAAUUCGUGGCACUCCACAGCAAAUAGACUAUGCUCGGCAGCUCAUAGAAGAAAAGAUUGGUGGUCCAGUAAAUCCUUUAGGGCCACCUGUACCCCAUGGGCCCCAUGGUGUGCCAGGCCCCCAUGGGCCUCCUGGGCCUCCAGGGCCUGGAACUCCAAUGGGACCAUACAACCCUGCACCUUAUAAUCCUGGACCACCUGGCCCAGCUCCUCAUGGUCCUCCAGCCCCAUAUGCUCCCCAGGGGUGGGGAAAUGCAUAUCCACACUGGCAGCAGCAGGCUCCUCCUGAUCCAGCAAAGGCAGGAACGGAUCCAAAUUCAGCAGCUUGGGCUGCUUAUUAUGCUCACUAUUAUCAACAGCAAGCACAGCCACCACCUGCAGCUCCUGCAGGUGCACCAACUACAACCCAAACUAAUGGACAAGGAGAUCAGCAGAAUCCAGCUCCAGCUGGACAGGUUGAUUAUACCAAGGCUUGGGAAGAGUACUACAAGAAAAUGGGGCAAGCAGUUCCUGCUCCUACUGGGGCUCCACCAGGAGGUCAGCCAGAUUAUAGUGCAGCCUGGGCUGAGUACUAUAGACAACAAGCAGCCUACUAUGCCCAAACAAGUCCCCAGGGAAUGCCACAGCAUCCUCCAGCACCUCAGUGCAGGUUUGAUCCAGCCAGUAUAGAACUAGCUCUGUAGGGGUGAGGAGGACUGUGCUGUGUAUCAUCCUUGAUUGUGUUCCUUCAAGGAGCAUUGCACUGUAAGUACAUCAGAAUGACAAAUUGAUGAACUGCAACAGUAUCUUUUUGUCAAUGUUCCACAUAAUGCAAAUGCCAUACUUUGUGUGAAUAUUAUGUUGGAAUACAGUGCUGAUAUCUUGGAAAACCAUAACUGCUUCGUAAUUUAACAUAGAAUAAUACAUAGUUCUGUAUUUUUUUUUAAGUGAGCUUAAUGGGUAAGUAUUUUUGAUAUGCUUUAGCUGUAGCUAAAGAAAACUGGUCAUUAACAAAGUUGAAUAUACUCACUGGUGCUCCUAAAAUACUGUUUUUUCAGUGUAAAAUAUGCAUAUCUUAUAUAUUAAUAUGAAAGACUUGAAAUGUAUCAGACAGAAGUGGUUUUCAGUUUGCAAAUAAUGAGCAAUGUAGCAGUUUUAACACCAUUUCAUAAAUAUAUAUUCUGUCCUUGGUGGGGAGCACCAUUUGUUUUGGAUAUAUUUUAAAGGAAGAUGUGUAAGGACGUAAAUGUUGAAAUUACCUGCAGGGUGGGAAUAGCAGUACAGUUCAUUGUAGAUAUUUCGAAAUGUUUUUGAUUGUUUUAUAUAACCUAGAGUGAAUUCCCUUACCCUUAUUUAGAUCUGGAUAUGUAGUUCUAGUUUCAAGUAUUUCAAGUAUAAAAGUUAAGGAGUUAGUUAUCUGUUGAGUAGGGUAUUGACAUGAACAAUUCCAGUAUUUUGCAUGAUACUGUUUUAUAGAUGACCUUUUAGGAAAGUGGUGCAUUUAUUAAUUAAACUGAAGAAAUAGUGCAGUUGGAUUCAGUAUCAUAAUUCACAAAUUGGAGGCUGUUGCUUUUGAUUCAUUUAAGGUUUAAAAUCUUUAUUAAUUGCAAACAGUGCAAUUAUUUAUACUUCACAGUGCCUUCCCAGACCUUCCACCUUAGGUUCUGCUGCAAAAAGCAACAGUGCUGAAGAUGCUGCAAGCACCAAAUCAUAGCUCAUAAAAUCAGGUCCUGAGAUAGUUACCCAUAAAGAGGAAUCCUUUGAGCAUAUGCCAUUGGUGAGCCGAUGAGCAUGGACCAUAGAAGGGCUCAAUGUAGAAGAAACUACCCGUGUGUAAAAAGAAGAUUGGCUUAAAAUGGCUACUGUGAUGGGAACAGUGUCUUAGGGAGAUGCAGCUUGGACUUGAGGUAAAUUGAAUACUUUACAAACUGGUUUAGAGUUUGCUUUAAUGACAUUGUAUGUAAAAGGGCACAUGAUUGCUGUAAUUUUGUAUGCAUUAUGGUUUCCUCAAUAAAAAAAUAAAUGUACAUUGGUGAAUA